CGUAUUUGUGGUAUCGCGCAUGCGCAGAAGGGAGCUGCGCUUCCAAAGGUGACAGAGAAAGGACAGCGGCGGCUUCUUCCAAGGCGAGCGAGUGAAGCAGGAAGGAGGCGGCUUUCCCCCCUGGGCUUGUGGCGAAAGGAGAAUCACCACAAUGUCAGCUGCUUUGUUGCCCAAACCACUGAUGCGAGGCCUUCUGGCCAAACGUCUGAGAAAACACAUGGUAAUAGCAUUUAUCUUUGCUGCAGGAUGUGCAGCUUCCUACAAGUUUGGUGUGGCUGAACCCAGGAAAAAAGCAUAUGCAGACUUUUACAGAAACUAUGAUGCCAUGAAGGACUUCGAGCAAAUGAGGGAUGCUGGGAUUUUUCAGAGUGUGGGACCCAAAGGAAAAUAAGGCUUCUCGCCCCUCCCCAUGGGUGCCCGGAGCUUGGAGAGGCCCCUUGCGAAUGGCUGCCUAGAAAAACUUGAAUUGAGUUCCCCUCCGGAGCCUGCCUUCCUCGAGGCACCUGCCCACUGCCUCCUGAGAGAGAAGCUUCAAAAGUUGCUGAAAGGGUGCCUCUUGAAUUUGGCCUCCCCCUCUGCACCCCCUGGAGGGCUCCUCCAUGCAUGGUGUGCAAAAGUCCCUUCCCUCCUUGCCAAGCCCCGGCUUCGAUAAUAGGGCCUCCCUAUUAUCCAACAGUUCCGGUUAUCCGUCAUUUGGCCCUCCCCUUUAUGUCGGAUAACUGGAACUCUACUGUACUUCCAAAGUAAGUAUUGCACAAUUAAACAGGAAAUAACACUUUCAAACCAGGAACAGACAAGGUUUUUAAUUUUGUUACAUAGUGUUAUCAUUUUUAAAUCAGAAGCCUGCUGGUUUGUGGUCCUAUUUUGCAGGUAAAGAAUAUCUGUUAUGUAGCAUGGAAACUAAUUAUGUAUAAAUAUUUUGAAAAAGUAAUCUGUUGCUCAGUUUAGACUAAAAUGUUUUUGUGUCUUGAGAUCUUUAUUAUUUGUUGGUUUACUCAGACAGUUUUAAUGAUGAAUUUUAAACUUCCACUUUAUGUCUAACUUUUGUUUUGUGUAUUUUAAUACAUAUUUUAUGGAAAUAUGUUUUAAUAUGUGUAUUUUACGGAGUGUUUUUAAAUGGUUGUGUGUUUUGAUUAUGUGUUUUAGCAGUGUUGUAAUACACUUCAAGUCAUGAAAAGAGUAAGAAAUACUGGGUAAGAAAUAAAAUUAUUAUUAUUA